GUCGCAACAGCGAGUCUGUUUGUAAGGAGCAAUGGCGACGGCUGCUGAAGAUCUUCAGUGAGCGCGCGCGUGUAAUCCGCCGCUCCAGAGGUUGGCGCGUCAUUAUGCAGUAAACUUAUGAUCGAUACAAGUCUCCAGUGUCCAUGUCAUAAAAGACAAAUGGAUGGCCCUCUGGUAAACUCCGGAAUACCGCUGGCGACUCAGACAGUGGUUUCUCCUGUCACCCAAAUCCCCAGUAACUUGUCCAGUAAUAAACGGAAGACUCCUACUUUCCUGUCUAACUUGGGCAAGGCUACCUUAAGAGGCAUCCGCAAGUGUCCUCAGUGUGGUGUUUACAAUGGCACCCGUGGACUCAGCUGCAAAAACAAAGCUUGUGGAACCGUCUUCAGGGGGGGAGUCCACGGGACGGGGCGUUUGAAGAAAGGGAAGGCUGAAGUAGUUCAAGUUGUGAUGGACGGUGGAGGUGGCAGGACAGGGGGGACUCAGGUGUUCUCUGUACAUCAGCGGGGUCGUGGCUCUGAACAGCGAGGCUUCGUUGAAUUAGUUUUCACAGAUACGGCCAUCACUACCGCUGAUGGAACCAUGUUGACCCGUGUCAGUCUGGGCCGCUGUUACAUGCCCUCAUGCCAGCAGAACGAAAGCGAGUCAACAGUUGAAAGUGUCCAACACAGAGUGUCACAAUCACCCAGAAGUCCCUGCACCCACGUGAAGCAAGCAAUGGAGUGUCAAACCCAAGCGACACCGCUGCCACUCAAGAGCUCUGUGCUGGAGUCUCUAGUGGCCACUGCCCAGGCCAAAGAGGAGUUGUGGAGGCUGGCAACUGAGACAACUGGGCCCCUAGUGCAGCGGGUCUCCAAAGGGACCCUAAUAGUGAAAUGCCAAGCAGGAGAUGCCCAUCCUCUGGGACUGCUGCAUCUGAUGGUGGGCUCACCUGCAGUUAAAGAGAAGAAUCAGGGUUCGGUUCCUUUUCGCUGCGGAUGUCACGCUCGCUGUGGUAAAGGGAGAAAAGAAGGAGAGAAUUCCUAUCAGCACAGUUUACCCGAACGCUGCCUGCACUUCUAUGCUUGCGUUUGUGCCUUCACAAGUGAUGAGAAGCUGGCCACUGAGUUUUCAGCCUUUCUGAACUACAACUUGAAUGAAGUGCAGGAGAGGACAGAUGCAACAGCGCUAAGUAUAUCUGAAUCUCAGCAGCACAUUGAGCCCUCCAUCCAUCAACGUUCCAAGAGACUCAAACUUAUGGAGUCCACUAUUGCUUCCUCUGUCUCGUCUUCAUCUCCUCUGGCUGUCAAAGACCCUUCUGUACCCACCCUUAUCCAACGCAAGCCCACUUACAGAAAAAACUCCAGCGCUACUGGGUUUAAAAACCCAGGAAGUAGCCAAUCAGUGGAUGAGACUCACGUGUCACUGGGUUUCCAGCAGUGGUUGGUCAGCGUCACUGAGAGGAUCCAUCAGACGAUGCACUUUCAGUUUGAUGCAGGAAAACCGGAUCCACUGGUGUUUCAUAUCCCACAAGCUUUCUUUAAUGCCCUACAGCAGCGUUUGUCAUUGGGCUCGAAGAAGAGAAGACUGCCCAACUUUACCACCACAUUUGUGCGUAGGGAUGCUUUGCCUCUUGGCUCUUUUUCUAAAUACACCUGGCACAUCACUAACUUGACACAUGUCAAGCGCAUCUUUGAUACACCACAGUUACCUCUGGAACUUACUCACAGUUUUGUGAAGAACAGCGAUGGCUCCUAUUCACCAUACAGAUGUCGGGAGAACCUUUCUGAUCCUGGAUCAGAUGCCUGCAAUCAGUUAAGCUCUAACAAGCCUUUGUCCAUUAGACCACUGGAGCACCGCACAUUUCUCAGAGUGGGUACAUGUUCAGCAGAGCAGACGGACCCGGUGCCUUUUGUGAUCGAGUGGAUCCCGGACAUCCUUCCACACUCACAAGUGGGAGAACUGAGAAUCCGGUUUGAGUACGGCCAUCAGCUGGGGGGUAAUCCUGAAUGUAACAAGAGCUCUGCUGGAACGGACCGAACUAAACAAACACUGGCAGAUACCAACCCAAACCAAUAAAGACCCUCUGUAUCAGGCCACGAGAUCAUUAAACUAUUUUAACAAUUACAAUUUGACUCCAGUUGCAGUCUAGCACCUCCAAUAGAGGAGUGUCCUUAUCAAGGACAUUUCAAACUUAAUGUUAUGUUAAUUACAAUGGAAUUAAGUUUAAAAUGUGUACUGAUGUUUUAAAAAGUAGUUUAAAAUGCUAAGAAAACUGUAAGCUGCUACUCAUCUCACAUGACAUGAUGUGAACUAUUGUUUUCUUUUGAUGUUGUAGUCCAGAUGAUAAGGUUAGAAUCACUGACAUGUGAAUUACAAGACACACAGAAGUGUAAAAAAAGAAUAGUGAUAAUAUAUGUUUAUAUGCUGUACUGUACAAUAAUAAUAAUAAUAAUAAUAAUAAAGUUACGAGUUCUGUGGUUCAUAUUGCAGUCAACUAUUUUAUUUCUUAAUAGAAUUUCAAUAAAGCCCUAUUCUUA